AUGCCAUCUUUCCAAGACACAAUCAGAAACCUAGACUCUUUACAGCCCUCACAGUUCUCUACAGACGCUGAGCGCUACGAAGCUAAAGAAGCAGCGCGCCGCCUUCUGAACCGCCUCGAAACGCCAUUUGAGCAAGGCUGGAGGCUGUCUUUCGAGACGCCAGUGCUCAUCGCCGGUAUCCAGACCAUUCUUGACCUCGGCAUCUGGAAGCAAUGGACGGAGGCGAAUAAGAAGAACCCUGGUGCACCAGUGCAUCUGGAUCAGCUGCUAAAAUGGGCCAACGCGAAGGCCGAGCCAAAUCUGUUGCGAAGAUUUUUGAGACACAUCGCUGCGCUAUAUGUAUUAGAAGAGACAGAUGUUGAUACCUGGAAGCCUACACCGUACUCGCUCUCUCUUGGCGACACGGUAUCGCAUACCGACCAAAUCACACAAUGCGGUACCGAUCAUACCGUUCCCACAGGCGUCAACCUCCCGUAUUUCCUCAAGAAAUACAAUUAUGUCGAACCAGUCGACCUGGCCAAACUCGACAACUACCGCGAUAUGACAGGCGGAAAAGACUUCUUUGCUACUUGCGCCGCUGACCCGGUGGGCAAGGGAAGUAGCUUCAUGGGUCUGAUGACCGCGCUGCGGAACCAUAAGAUGAGCUGGACAGAUGUGUACGAUACGAACCGCAUCGUCGAUGGUGCUGAUGUCCAGACUGGAAAACCUUUGUUUGUGGACAUUGGCGGCGCGCACGGUCUCGACACUUCGCGUCUUCUUGACAAGCAUCCGGACCUGCCUGCCAACGUUCUGGUCCUGCAAGAUACUCCCGAAGUCGUCGCAAUGCCCAUUGAAGACUUGGAUAAGAGGAUAGUGAAACAAGCCUACGACUUCUUCACGCCUCAACCUCAAAAGCACGCGCGCGCUUACUUCUUCCAUGCCGUACCCCACGACUGGCCUGAUGCGGACUGCGUACGCAUGUUCUCGCAAGUGGCCGCUGUGUUCAAGCGCGGAUAUUCCAAGCUCCUGAUCUACGAGGUUGUGCUGCCGAAGAAGGGAGCCACGAACUUGAUGACGACGUUGGAUUUGCAGCUCAUGAACUGCACAAGUGGAAUGGAGAGGACAGAGGAGCAUUGGGCGAGAUUGUUGAAGGAAGCCGGAUUUGGUAUUGUAGAUAUAAGUCGGCAUCCAAGGGCUGUGGAGAGCGUUAUCGAGGCGGAUUUGAUCUAA